UUAGCUCGGCGGCAGCAACAACAUUUCGAGAGUCAGGAACUUCCAACCCUGCCCUCACCGUGACGUCACUGGAAUUCCCCUCAAAGUGACUAACGCGAAUGGUUAAGUCAGGGGCUGCAAGUUUCCGCGUAUUCUUAAGUAAACGAGAAAGAAAAAACGAAAACAAGAGGGCCAGAGUUGGACUCGUUUCAAGGAGCUUUAUUUACUUUCGGUGGCGUCUACUCCGUAAGGAAACGUACUGUAGAAGGAGUACACUGGCGUAUAGCUGUGCUGGCUGCAUUGGUUACGAUAAGAACAACAAACACAAUGCGAAGUCGCUUCGAGGACUGGGUGCUUCCAUUGUAACCGAGGGAUCGCACAGGGCACUGCAGUGCAAAGGGCCAGUGCUCGCCUCCGACUCGCUUUCUUUUUCGUUUUAUGCCUUUUAUGUAAUUGACGAAUUAAGUUUAUUGGCCCCGUUUUGAGCGUCUUUAAAGUCCAUUUGCAGCGCGCUAACCCUUUCCGUAUUCUGGCCGUAACCGAAAAGGUAAGCUCUGUCUGGCUGUAUUUCAGUUCUGUUGAACUCGGCAGCACAUGCACGUUCAGGACGCUUCUUUCUUUCGGUAUCGUGGUCCACACUUAGUAUUUGUAAGUUACUUUAUAGGAAUCACUUUUUAAUUCGUUUUGUUAUUCUUAAUUCCGGUUAUCUUCCAAGGCUCUGUUCGUCGCUGAACGGCUAAGGGAAGAGCCUGCGUGACUGGCGCCUCUCGGCGGCCUCACUCGCCAACCAGGUGCGCACUUUGAACGACCCGCGACCCUCGGAUAAGCUUAGCCCAACCUGCCGCUUUUUUCAGUUUUCCCUGUGCAUUGAAGUGUGUUUUCAUGUUCUGUGUGUAGUAAAAACUCACUAAGUUCUUAACGGUGUUUUAAACACAGUUUUAAAUAAUUGGUUGUAGUUGUUUUAAACCUGAUCUUUUUACCUUUUAACCUUUAUGCUUCCGUCUGGUUUCUUAAAUCGGAACUCGUUUCCUCAUCAAGGUUUUCAGUUUUGCUUGUCUCGUCAUACGAACCGGAUUAAAACUUCAGCCCUGGAUGGAUUUAUAAUUUUGGUGAGGAUUUACCGGACAUCUUUAUUCUAAUUUACGCUCAUGUAGGCUUUGAUGCCCAUGUGCCUUCAGUUUCAUAAAUACGGCUGAACCUGACAGUAUUUAAACAUUUCAAAUGGAUGCAGUUCACUUUCAUAUCCGCCUCUAUUGAACUGUGCGCUGCACUAUAUGGAUGUAUCUGCCCUAAGCCUUGCUGUUGACGGCUGGAAAUACUUUUGGAAUAAUGAACGAAUAUUUUAACCAGGAUGGCAACAACUUUUUACAAAACCCGGAUCGAUUUACACCUGAUCCGAGGCUGCAAUGCAUCACUGAUGAUUUUACAGCUCCCGCUGCAUCCCAGCAGACCAUCUUCACUUACAAGCCUCAGGUGGAGUCGGUCUUCUCGGUCACUUUGAACAUCCACCAAAGACAAACUGUUGAUGAGGAUCCAGAGGAGGAGCAGUUGGUGGGUGUCAUGCCCUCCAGUCCUUACAGAAAAAGCAGAGAGCCAAUCUGGCUGCAGCUGCAAGGAGAAAGAGCUGAUGUAGACUCUGCCAAGGGAUUCAUCAAGGGUCUGUGUACUACAGAGCUGCAAGAAGAAGUCAACUACCCCAGAGAUCUUCAUUGUGUAUUUAUUGGUGCUCAGAGUUUAUUUAUGAACUGUUUGAUUAGGGCAACAUCUGCUUUUAUCAUGGUUGGGUCUCAUGGAUGCCUCUUGGUUUCUGGCCUAAUAGAACCAGUGGUGAUGGCUCGGAGUUGGAUUACAAGCCUUAAAGAAAAGUAUAGUCAAAAUCAGCGUCUACCAGAUGAUCGUGAGAUACUUAUUAAAAAGAAGUUUAAAACCUUGAUAGAAAAAUAUGAUGACAAACACUCCAUUGAUCUUCUUUUGCUUCCCAGUUCAGUAAAGGAAGAUCUUCUUGAGCUGGUUGAAAGAUUUUACAAGAUACACGAGGAAGCAGCAAAUCAGAUGUCAAAUCUGAAAGAGUCGUCAAUCCAGAUUCUUUGUAAUCGUGCAUCUGCACCAAAAUAUCGUCAGUCAAAUGUAGAGGACUUGCCAUGUGAAAAUCGGGGUACUGUGGAGUUUAUUCAACAUGCAAAUCUAGACCACUUUGCACACUUGACUCUUGAUAAAAAUGUAAAUAAUUCUGAAAUGUCUAAUGAUCGUAUUCCUACUGAAAGUAUUGACCCCAUGUGUUUCCCAUGUGCAGGAGCAGCUAAAGAUUUUUCACAUUCUUCCGAAAAUGUACAACAUAAGUCAAAUCCCAUAACAAAUGUGUACCCUUGUUUGACAGGUUUAAAAGAUACUGUUGCUUAUUCCACACCUCAGAAAAGUCCAGAAAAGAUCCAUGACAAUAAAGAUAGCCAUCCAUCAUCAGGAAGUGACAAUGAGACAAAAAUUCUUUUAACUUUCUUUACAACCAUGGGUUACCAAGAAGAAGUAGUAGGAAAGGUUUUAUCCAGAGCUAGUAAACUGGAGGUCUCACAAAUUUUAGACAUGAUCCAACAAGAACAAGAUAAAAAUUCUGACCUGGGGAUUUCUUCAGAAAAUGUUGAAAAUUUAGCAUUAGAAAGAGAGAAUUCAUCUGAAAGCAGUUUAAAUGUACCGAACUCUUGCACAUCUGUCAGUGAGGACUUCAUUCUAAGUGUUAUUAAGACUGCGGCUAAGAGCUGUGGCUACUCUGAACAAGAGCUUUUAGAAGUCUAUGGAAAAGGAAAAUCCACUAAUGAGUUGCUUGUACUGCUGCAUGCAGAUAAAGGAAAAGAAAGUCCUUCAUCCAAAACUACAGAGCACAUGCUCUUAACCAAUCCAUCUCCAGGUACUUGUUAUCAGGUGCCUGUACAAAAACCACUGGUUUUUAAUACUUGCGACUCUUUGACUUCUGGAAUGAUACACUCCAAAGGGGUUAUUCCUGAAAGAACUAGAGAAUGGACCGAUUACAAUAGCAAGAUGUUUUAUGAAAACACUAAUCAAGUUACUCGUGGAAAGGUGACAUACUCUGAACUCCCUCUAACCAAGCCAUACGGUAAUGCAGAAGAAGUUCCAGAUGAUCAACAAAUAUUUUAUGAUUUAAAUUCUGGAAAUCGCAUCACAAACUCUUUGACAAGAAAGCAUAGCCUGAAUGAAGCUACCCAGGAACAGCAGGUACUCCAAUAUAAUCUUGUGCCAGGGGAUAAUUUUGGGACCUGGACACAAAAUGACUCUUUUGCUUACAAAUCUAGGUUAGAUUUACAGAAAGCAAAUUGCCUUGCUUUGGCUCCCACUAUCAAAGGACCCCCCCAAAAUGUGUACCAUUCUUCACCCACUAAAAGUGCUUCAGAAAAAAAUAGUCCCAGGCUGUUCCCGCAUAUAGAACAGGAGUUUCCAAGCAUUCAUGGGAAAAGCCCUUCCAAUAACUCUGUGAAACGCAAGGACAGGAAGAGGGAGGAUACCAAAGAGACCAUGAGCCAGAGGGAGACUGCAGUGGUGACUGGUCAGCAAAGGUACCUUGAGUUUAUUCAGACCCCAUUUGAACUUCAGCUGACAAAUUCUCCGGGAAUUCCUGACCUUCGACACAUCAUUAUUGAUGGCAGCAAUGUGGCAAUGACGCAUGGCCUGGGACAGUACUUCUCUUGCCGAGGAAUUGCAUUAGCUGUGCAGUACUUCUGGGACCGAGGACAUAGGGACGUGACAGUAUUUGUACCCCAGCAUAGACAAAAAAAGGACGCUAAAGUAAAAGAACAGAAAUUUCUCACAGAGUUACAUAAACUUGGGUUACUGUCUUACACUCCUUCCCGGGAGAUAGAAGGCAAGCGGAUCAGUUCCUAUGAUGACAGAUUUAUGUUACAGCUAGCUCAGGAGAAGAAUGGAGUUAUCGUUACCAAUGACAACUUCCGUGAUUUCAUGGAUGAAUCACCUGAGUGGAUCAGCAUUAUAAAAGACAGACUUCUCCCAUAUACAUUUGCUGGUGACCACUUCAUGGUGCCAGAUGAUCCUCUGGGUCGUGAAGGACCUCAUUUAGCAGACUUUCUUUCAAAGAAGACCAGGAAAGCAAUUAUCAGCAGUCACUCAUUUGCUGGACGGCCAUCUCCACACCAGCCGAGUCAACGGAGAUCACACACUGAAGUUUAUCAGCCUCAAAGCCGCCAUCCGCCAUCUGGACUUGGCCCUCAAGGAUUCGGUCAGCACCACAAAAAGCAGCAGGUCUUCAAAAGGGAAAAGGGGGAAGAACACCGGACCCCCCAGCAGACCGGGGCCUUGAAGUCACAGUUGCUGGAGAUUUUCCAAGACCAGGAGGACAUGCUGGACAUUGUACUGAACUGCAACCCCACUCUCAAUGACAUUAACAAGCUGUCGGAAAUGAUCCUGAACUUCCAGGCAUCCACAAGUAGUAGAAACGGCUGAAUCUCAUUUGAGAAAGCAAGACGUUCGUCGUGUCUUUGUGCCACAAUGCAGGCGUUUUAGCAAAAGAAGCUGCAAAGUCACCUGAUAACUCCAGUGCCGAUUACAACACACAAGGUCAGCCGUCCUUUAGCUGUCAUUAGUGGCACAUCCACAAGUGCCAGUGGCCUUCAGUGACAAAUGUCAGCUCCUUGUCACCGAUGACAGCUGAUAAAGGGAAGAACUUCAAGGUCCUCCUCGAGAUGAAGAUGUGUGAAUAGAAAGUCACCGGCUUUACAUUUCUCCUGUUUUCUGAAAUUUCGAUUCACAGGCAGGGCGGGCGCACGUUUUCAGUGUAAAUCGGCACGUUGCAACUGUAGGGUUUGUAUUUUGUGCUGGGACGACAUUAUUCAAAAUGAAUAGCAGACUUCGAUGAAAACCUGACAUGUUCUUACACUUUUGUAAAACUGUGAUGAUCUUCAUUUUUACAAGCAGUUUUAAAAGAAAGCUGUACUUUAGUGUGAAUUGCUGUAUAAUUGUUGAAAUGUGUAAAUUGAUGUAUUUUUAAUUAAAUAAAACACCACUAUAUUUAUUGCA